GCGUUUGACUUUCGAUUUUCCUGGUUGCGUCACCUGAUCUUACUUCCGGUUUUCUCCUCCUCCGACCUUAACUCGUGACAGGUUGCUGUUGCCAAAACUUCCGAGCGAAACGCAACAAUAACAUGAUGUUGUUUUUCUUCGGCACGACUGCCCGGUGUACUAAACUAACAUGAGGUCUCUAAAGGUAACUGUGUAGUUGAAGCGGCAGCUGAGGACGAACCGUGAUGUGGAGAGUUCAAGGCUUAGUGGGAAGAGUUCUGCAUCGGUAUCAUGGCAGCAACUCUCUGCGUUUGCCACCGAACCCCCACGUGGAGGACGAGGUCAUCAACAGCUCAGCCGCACUGUCCACCUCCAGACACCCCCUUGACAGCAGAUCUCGGGAGGAUGACGGGGACAGGAGGAGCAAAAAGAAGACUUUUCAGUUUGGGUCUAGGAAGCUUCCACACUACACCGCCCUGGAUGCCGUAGGAUGGGGAGCGGUGGCUGUGAUCUUCAUGCAGGUCUGCAGAAGAAUCCACUCCAAGUUCUCUUCAGGCACAGAACCCAGCUCAAACUCUGAAACCCUGACGUCUCCGUCAGCUGUGCAGAAGUGUGGAUACCGCAUCCUGCUGGAGAUACUAUCGAGGCGGGAUGUCUUGCCUAGAGGAAGGCAUUUGUUGUGUCUGCAGGCCGUGCAAGAAAAAUACAGUCAGGACCAGCCUGCAUCUGAGAGCAGCAGCAGCAGCGAGCAACAGCAUCCAGCUGAUGGUUCCGUUCCUGACCACCAGGGGGAGCUCCUGUACGAGGGUUCACCUACACCGGAAGAAUCACUUUUGUUUGAGUCCUGCCCUCUGCAGUACAACACCAACCAAAGCAACAACGAUCAAAAGGAAGCAUCGGAGGAGAGGCUGACUGAAGCAGCACUUAACCUCAGAGAUGUUGGAGACAACAGUGUUCCUGUUAUUCUCAACAUCAUCGGUCUGGAAAAUGACAAGAGUGAGAACUAUGAGGAAGCUUUCACCUGCUUCCUGGCUGCUGCUCAGCAGGGCUACAGUAAGGCACAGUUUAACACGGGUGUGUGUUACGAGAAGGGAAGGGGGGUCCGCAAGGACAGGGACAAGGCUCUGUUUUACUACAAGCUGGCAGCCGUGGGUGGACACAAGCAAGCUCAGUAUCGCUACGCUAAGCUGCUUCUGACCAGCAGGGGGCAGCAGAGUUUAGAGGAGCUGAACACAGCUAUUAGCUUACUGGAAAAGGCUGCUACAGCUGGGCUCAGCAAGGCUCAGGUCUGUCUGGCCUCCUUUUAUUCUCGAGAUCCAGGGAGAUACGGGUGCAAGUUUGUGGAGUAUCUGCAGAUGGCAGCAGAGAGCGAGGACGACACGGCCCUGUUCCUCUUGGGUCAGUGUUAUGAAACUGGUUUUGGGUUGCAGCAGAAUUUUAGGACGGCUGUCGAGUUUUACAGGCGAUCCGCACAAGCAGGCAACAAGCAAGCCAGGAGUUUACUGACACCAGCUGAUGUCACACACAACAAAGCAGAGGACGCGGUUCUGCGCUCCAUCCGCUCUGCACCUUGCUUCACUGUGGCUGAAACUCUCCUUCAGAAGCCACUUUCUUCUUUAAAGCUGCCUCUUCUUCCUCACUCCUGGAGCACCGGGAACUUGUCUCUUUCUGCACCUCUGCACCACUCCAGUGCUGAGGGUGGAGCCUGCCAGUGGACUGUAGGGGUGGGAUAGGUAACAGGAGUCAAACCAAGUAGUUAAAGCCAAGGGAUGCAUUUCAAAGUGUGAGCGUUGUGUUGCCAAAACUUAAAGGUCAGUGUGUUAAAUGUGUGUGUUUGUGUGUGCAAGUGUGGAAGAGUUAAUAGCUUUUAUACAUGUGGGUCUAGAUUCUUUUGUUUUUUUCUUGUUUGAACUAAAUGUCUGAGAAUAAGAGAGGAAGCUUUAUGACUGUUUUUUUUAAAUAAAGUCUGAACUGUGGAAAAAAAAA